AUGCUUACAGCAGAUCCAGAUUUUAAUCUAGUGGAAGUACAUUCGUUUGUUUCGGAUAGUACCGAUAGUUGUCAAUCUGGAAAAUUUUCAAACCGAUCAGCUUCAGCUUCUGAAGCAUAUAUUGUUAAUCAUCGAGCUUAUUCGCUUGGUUCUCGGCCUUUGCAUCAGAUUUUCUCUGUUCCAUUUUCAAAGUUGAAUGAAAGCGAAGUUAAUACGGAGAUCAUUGAGGAAUCACUUGUUAAGCGGUUAAAACCAUUCAAGAAAGCUGGGAUACGCAAUUCUAAUGUGGACAUCGACUAUUCAGAUUCAUUUGCACGAAAACGUGCUGAUAGUUUUGGAUCAUCAGCAGAUACUGAAGUUAAUUCAGCAGAAGAAACAAGGAUUCCUGAUUUAGCCAAAGAAAUACGAAAAGAUUCUCGGUUACAUGUGCAAGAAGAAAGGAAGCAGAAGAAUGAUCUUGCUGAAUGGGAUUUUUCUGCUGCAAUUGGACGAAGUGCUAGUGGUUCGAUCGCUUCCGCUGAUAGUUCAAGCAAUUCUCGUACAAGUUCUUUUGGGGUUAAUGGAUCUUCUUUAAUAAGGAUUGCUGCCGAAGAAGUGCGUAAAAAUCGUCGUGAUAAGGCGGAAAAAUAUUUGGUGGAUCGGUCUCGAGCUGAAUAUAUGUUUGAGAGACCAGUGGAUACAGUGCUAAAUCUUGUCGGCGAUUAUAUAUUACAUACCGCUCCAGAAAAAGAAAAAAGUGAUACCAUUUAUCAUUCUUCAUCUUCAGUUGAUUCCUCAAGCAAAUCGCGCAUCAUUGGUACAAUCCAUGAACAAAAUAUCUCAAGUGGGUCAAGUCGAUCACAGUCCCCAAAAUUUUCUGAUGACAAAAAUUGCAUUAGGGCAUCUCAUCAACUGAAUAAUAACGCUGUGAAUCCAAUUAACCAAUUUGAAAAUUCGAGCAGUCAUUCUGAGUUUUUUUCGAAUCCUACAAAAGCGUUCAUCGAUCAGAGCGCAGUUUCAUCAAAAAUAAUUCAACCAUUGUUAUUACCAUCAUCAAAUCCGCUGAAACAUUCAGCUGACAGUUUGAAGCUUGAAUAUGCCUGUUUUAAUUUUCAAGGUGAUGGAAGUUCAGGAAAUGAUCUAUCUAAGAAUAGUGAAGAAGUUGCUUUUAACUAUACAGCAGAUUACGCUGAAUUUUUAUCAGAAAAUCUGUUUCAAAAAAAACUCAAUUCAGUGCCUUUUCUGGUUGUGAAAAUUUGUCAAAAAUAUUCUAUUGUAGAAAAUCGAUUUCGUGUUCAACGAUUUUCUGGUUCAACAGAUAUUCGACUAAGUCCAACAGUUUUUUUUUCAGGUGGUGAGACAUUUUUUGGCUAUGGUGGUUCCUACUACGGUGCAAUAAAUACGUGUCGAAUAUCGUUUGUGUCAUCGACGAUGUCAUUUACAUCAGAUGCGGCGAAGGAUGAUAUCGGUUACUUGUCUAAUAUGAUGGGUAUCGGUCAUCGAGCGAUAUUUGCUUGGGUACUAUUGUUGUUGACCAUAUAUUUUGAUUGUUUUGGUGAGCCAUUUAAUGUGGUUUACAAUGAUCCUUUGAAGGAUGGAGGUCUUGACGGUGAACCGCUUGUACUUUUCAUCAGUCUUUUGUUCUUCGAUGGGGUAUCUUUAAUAUUUAUUGCAUUUAAAAUUAUACGUCACUAUCAUUUAUUUGGAGUUGGAAGACGAUCGCUUGAUUCGAAUAUUGUUACAAGCUGGAAUUUUCCACUUGAUAAACGACAAUGUAUAAUUGCAACGGACUCGAUUUGCUUAAUUUUAUAUUUAUUUAAAUACAUUUAUUACCUUUCAGUGUUAAUUCUUCUAAAAGCACUUUUUGAAAUACUUUUGUGCAUUCGACUGGAAUCGGGCACUGUUCCAACGUUAUGGAUAAUGGCACCACUAUGGCUGUUCCUUAUUUUAUUAAUUAUCGAACUUACUAGUCGACUUGUUAGCAUUCAUAAUAAGUCAUCCGUACAUUCUUGA